UACGGAGCUUUUAGGGAGGGGGUGGUGGUGGAUUGUUGUUAUUUUUUCCACCAGCAGUUGUUCAUACCGAGAAUUUUGUCUUCUCCGACAGUCACCAUACAUAGCAAGUUAAAAUGUUUUCCUCAGCUGUAACAGUUGAACAUACCGAUUUUUUUCUCCUCCAGUUGCAUGAUUUACCUAGUUUUUCCCUUCCAUCCCCAGGCUACGUGUGCUUCAUCAUGGUGUUCAACGGUAUCUCGUUCUUCAUCAUCCUCACCUGUUACCUGGUCAUGUACAUCAGCAUCCGGGACUCUCAGGCCUGGAACUCCAACGACACACGUGUAGCCAAAAGGAUGGCUUUGCUCGUGUUCACAGAUUUCCUGUGUUGGGCCCCAAUCGCCUUCCUGUCGCUUGCAGCAGCCUUCGGCAAGAAUCUCAUACAUCUGAACGAGGCGAAGGUGAGGGGCGGGCAAUGAACAAAACAGUUAAAC